AUGUUUCGGCGGUGUUUGGCUCUGUUCCAUGCGCUGUCGGUCCAGCAUGCCGGUCCCUUGGGAUCUGGCCGGGGUCGCCACCUCUCGUCACCGAGGAUCUCCGAUCGAUCGAUUGCCGUGGCGAACGCCAGAUCGCCCACUCUUCACCAUGGGACGUUCCCUGCUUUGCGCUUCGGCAGAUUCGGUCCAAUUUUUUCGCCCGCACACUCGCGCAAGCCGAUCGCAUCCUCUUGUCGUACAUACUCCUCGAGCGACCUUGCUGGCGACAAGGGUAAUCUGCCGGAUUCCGCCGGCCUGAUCAUGGCACACGGGACACAAGUACGGGGCCCAAAGCCCGAGGAUGCUCUCAAUGGGACUGAGAAGAUGCCCGCUGGACGGGAAGAGGCUUCCUUGGACCCGGAAUCAGACGAAGACGUGCCGAUGGAAGCGGAGGAGCUUCAAGAGGCUCUUGGACGGCCACCCCCGGUAAAUAGCAGCUAUCUCCCACUGCCCUGGAAAGGGCGACUAGGAUAUGCCUGCUUGAACACCUAUUUGCGAUACUCGACCCCUCCAGUCUUCUGUUCCCGGACCUGUCGCAUCGCAUCCAUUCUGGAAAACCGGCAUCCGCUCCAGGACCCUGAUCAACCAGCUCAUCCAACUAAGAACCGCCCAGACCGUAACCAACCGGCCGACAUUGCCCGUGGGCAGGCUUUUGUCGAGUCACUGGGGCUAACGAAUGCGCGCGACCUGACCAAGCUGCUGCGCUGGAACGACAAGUAUGGUAUUAAGUUCAUGCGCCUCAGCAGUGAGAUGUUCCCCUUUGCCAGUCACAAGGAAUACGGCUACAAAUUAGCGCCAUUCGCCUCGGAUGUGCUGGCACAGGUGGGACAGGUCGUUGCGGAACUUGGCCAUCGAGUAUCGGUACAUCCUGGCCAGUUCACUCAGUUGGGAUCGCCCAACCACGGAGUCGUAGACAGCUCUUAUCGAGAUCUUGAGUAUCAUUCGGAGAUGUUGCAGCUGCUCAAGCUACCACCACAACAAGACCGCGAUGCCGUCAUGAUUCUUCACAUGGGCGGAGUGUUUGGCGACAAGGCGGCAACACUCGAUCGAUUCCGAGAGAACUACGCGCCUUUAUCUCAGGACAUCAAGAACCGGCUAGUUUUGGAGAACGACGAUGUCAGUUGGACUGUGCACGAUUUAUUGCCCAUUUGCGAGGAGCUCAACAUCCCCCUGGUCCUCGACUACCACCACCACAAUAUUCUUUUCGACGCAAACGAGCUCCGCGAGGGCACUCAGGACAUCAUGGCUCUCUACGACCGUAUUGCUGCGACGUGGUCGCGCAAGAAUAUCACCCAGAAAAUGCAUUACUCUGAGCCGGUUUCCUCGGCCAUCACUCCUCGCCAGCGUCGCAAACAUAGCGACCGCGUGGCCACUCUCCCUCCUUGUAUUCCUACCAUGGACCUGAUGAUCGAAGCCAAGGAUAAAGAACAGGCUGUUUUCGAACUGAUGAGAACUUUCAAGCUCCCCGGAUACGAGCUUUUUAACGACCUCAUUCCCUAUACUCGCACGGACGAGAACAAGGCAUUCAAGCCACCCCGGAAAAUCAAAAAGAACGGCGGUUUCGUCGACCUGGAGGGCUCCAUCCCUCCACCUCGCACUACUCCAGACGAAGAAGUCGGGAUGGGCGGUCCAGAAAGACGGGUUUAUUGGCCUCCGGGCAUGGAGGAAUGGCUCCGGCCCGCGAAGAAGGUGGUGCGCUCCAAAACGGGCCCAAGUCCCCGCAAGAGUGGCGCAUCCAAGACUAUCAAAGCAGAGCCGGAUGAGGAGAAUGGUGUGCCAGCCACACCGGCCAAGAAGCCGGUCAAGGGUGCUCGGCACACGCCGGCUUCAGCCAGCCGCAGGAAACGCAAGGCUUCAGAGGUCGGGUCGACCCCGGAGCCGGACGAGGUGGAUGAGCCAGCUGCGGAUGACAAGACAUCUUCUGCUCGGCGGAGUCGUCGUACAAAGAAGGUGAACUAUACCGAGGACAGCGCAUAG